AUCUAGUGUUGAUUUGCAGUAUUGAGUAAACGCUAAGUCAUUGAGACUUUUGCCACCGAUUUAGCGCUUAUUAUAGUUAAUAAUCGCUUCAAAUAUAUCAUUAAAACUCAAUUCAAUGCGAAAUGUGUGGACAAUAGCAGUGAAAAGCAGUGACACAAUUUCCUGAAGACAUACUAAUCAUCUGAAUCCGUGGUCACCACCGAAGACAUGCUUCACAGACACUGCGAGACGUGUAUAAAGCCGUCGACGUGUCGCUCGAAGUCCGCCAAACAGGCCGUCAAUGGUGUGGCCGAUGAGACACAAGCACUCAAUGGACACACUGUGUGUCCACUGGUCUCCUGUGAUAACCGGGACUGUCCUCAAGUGAUGCACAAAUGCAAACUCCAGGAGCACCUCAUCAUUUGUCACCACCAGAAGACCCAAUGUCUGAAUUGGUGUAACGGGUGCCCAGCGCUGGUGUACCGGAAGGACAUGUCUCGCCAUUUGUUGCACUGUUCAGCGAAUGUGAUUCACUGUACGGUUGAGUGGAACCGAUGGCCGAUCCACACCCGGGAGCGUCGCCUCACGAGUCAAAUGUCACAACUGUUACCGCAGUCACUGAAUGUCAAUCAUCUGGACGUCGCGCUCGCCCUCAGAGACCAGCGAAUGCUGAGGCAGUUAUGGACGGCUAAGAAGUGCACACAAAAGGCCUUCAAGAACUACCUGACCCUCAAAUACCCGGCCGUUCCCUUAAAGCCCUAUCGAGGUCUACACUUAACGGACAAAACCAACACAAAUGGAGACCAAUCGCCGCAUUCCUCGUCAGUGUCGCCGACCAAUAGUCAGUCGACGAGAGCCCAGUCGCCGGAAGAGUCGGACGAGUCAUCGGAGUCGAGCCCGUGGCUGACCAACCGUUCCCCUCCCGGCCUCCAGAGCUCCGUAUGCGCUAAACUCCUGGACACCGGCCACCAGACACAGGCGCCCAACACUGGCAUUAAAUGCCACACAAAUAAACUGGACUUUUCGGCGGCUGUGGAACCGUCUGACGAGUUGACCGCCAAUAGCACUGUGACGUCGGGAACGAUACCCAUAGCGCCGGCACUACCGCAGUGUAACUCACUGUCGCUGGACAUCAAUGUGCGGACAAUCGCCGCCUACCAGAAGAAGCCUAAACUGAUGUACACAUUCCGGUGCGCGCAGGAGUUCCGGCGCGACGAGUAUGAGUGGCACUACAGGAACGUCCACAACGACAUCCACGGCGGUAUAGACGGCUGGAUUGAGCACCGGUGCCCCCUUUGGCAGUAUGGGUGCAAUUUUGUGCACAGGCGCUGGACCCCCAAACCCGACGGCGCCUCCAUUGUGUUCAACGAGUUGGUCGAGAAUUUCGGUAUUAAAAUGCCUGAAACCGAGGCCGACGUCUACAGCGAUAGUCAAGCGAUCAGUAUUUCUUUACUGCCAUUUGAGAUUCUGCAGAACAUAUGCCAGCAUUUGGACAGCUUUUCGCUGAACAACCUCUCGUUGACGUCGAAACGGCUGCGAGACGUCUGUCGCACGUUUCUGGACACCAGAGGUCUGGUGUCACUCCAGUGGCAGCGAAGUGUCAAUGAGAAUGGAAAGUACUCGUGGGACGUCGGAUAUAAGUUGGCCGGUGGUGUGGGAGGUCUGGGCGCUCAGCAACAACAGCAACAGUUGGCCGCCGGUGUGGGAGGAUUGGGAGGUCUCGGAGCUCAGCAACAACAGCAACAGUUGGCCGGUGGUGUGGGAGGUCUGGGCGCUCAGCAACAACAGCAACAGUUGGCCGCCGGUGUGGGAGGAUUGGGAGGUCUCGGAGCUCAGCAACAACAGCAACAGUUGGCCGGUGGUGUGGGAGGUCUGGGCGCUCAGCAACAACAGCAACAGUUGGCCGCCGGUGUGGGAGGAUUGGGAGGUCUCGGAGCUCAGCAACAACAGCAACAGUUGGCCGGUGGUGUGGGAGGUCUGGGCGCUCAGCAACAACAGCAACAGUUGGUGGGCGCCGCUGGCACCGCACCGGUGGCUCAGCAGCAACAGCAACAACAGGCCGCCGGAGGUUUAGGAGGCGCCCAACAGCAGCAACAACAACAGGCGGCCAUCAGUGUGGCCGCCGACGGCUCUACAAGUGGCCAACAGCAGCAGCAACAGCAAGCCAUCAGCAAGACCAUUUAA